UGAUGCUUCUGUACGUCGAAUUUUAAGUACUUUUCAACAGUGGGGAUAUGUUAAAAAUCCAUUUAAAGGACAACCUGAGUGCAGAAAAACCUUUACUCGUGAAGAAUUAGAUCUAUUAAAACGAAUUGUUAAGGAAAAGGUAGAUUUAUAUCUUGAUGAGCUUGCAUUUGAAAUAGAAAACUAUACACAAAAGCAUGUUUCUAUAUCUACUAUAUGGCAAUCAUUGCAAUACUAUAGUAUCUCACAUAAAAAG